AUGGCGGGCGCUAACAUGUACCGCGUCGGCGGUCUGUUUUUUUUUUUCGUACAUUCUUGCGGAAUCUGCCUCUGACGAUGAAUUUUUCAGACUUCGUCUACUUCGAAGAGUCUUCCGACGCACCUUAUCAAAUAAGACGAAUUGAAGAACUCAAUAAGGUAAUUUUUGCCGGUUGCAGAUUUCUCAAUCUAGUUUUUUCUUCUUGCAGACACAGUCGGGAGUGGAAGCGCGCGUUGUGCUUUAUCACAGACGUCGCGAUAUCUCCCCAGCUCUUCUCAAAAUUUCCGAUCAGGCCGUCAGGAGAUUUGAUAACUGUUCGUUUUUUUUAUCAAAGUUUGAAAAAUCCACGUAAUAAUUUGAUAAGUUUUUAAACAGAAUUACCCGAAUAUGUCGAAAUAGUUCAACCUUCUCCACUUUUUAUCCCUCUUUUUCCCACAUUUUUCUUAUUUUCUUCUCAGCGCUAUAUAAUUUAUUUCAGAUUAUGAAGUCGACAAGAAGAAACCAGAAAACUUUAGCGACGCAUCUGGCUUUAUAUUAAGUGAACCAAACGGAUCCGAGACGAAGCCAGAAGGUACUAUUUGGGACUCAUCCCGUCGUCUAGCGAGUAAAUGAUUCAGAAGACGAGAAGGAGGGAGAAAAAGCGGAAGAAGCGACUGAAGAAAGCACGAAAAAGGCUGACUGGGGCAACGGCGGGCUUCCUCUCGGGGCAGAGAACAUCGGCGAAGAAGCGCGGUUUCGUCUCCGGUAUCCUCCGAAUAUCCUUCAGCUCUACUUCCCGCUUUAGGCAACACGAGCUUUUCUUGUCGCGCCAAGUAGAAAUCAUGCCUGCUUCGCAGAUUCGCGGAAAAUGCCGCGUCAUGCUGCUCAGCGAGGCCGAGGACGUCGACAGUUACACGUCUGAUGUCAGUUGUUCAAAAUUGUGUUCUUGAAGGGAACUGGAGUAUUCAGUUUUAUGAAACUAUGGAAGCCUUUUUUUGGGACAGAAAAUGAAUUUAUCAAAUUUCCAAUAAGUGUGUUGAAAAGUUUCUAUGAAGUCCAGUUUGUGAUCUCAAUUUUUUUUUUCAAGUCAAGAGAAGUUGUAGGAUUUUCAAACUUAAGUUGAGGCCGAAAAAAUAUUGAGCUUUUCUUUUUUCUCCUAUGAUUUUUUUUAAAGUUUUCGUCACACGAAAAAUAGUCGCGGCCAGUUUUUGCUCCAGCAAACUUGUAGAAACGUACAUUCAAAGAACACAGGUUGAAAAGUUUUUUUGUUUUUCUGAUAAAGUUCACAGCCGAAAAUCGAGUAAGGAAUCGGUAAAAAAAGCAGAUUUCAGCUUAAGUUGGAUAUUAAAGCGAAAAGCCACCCUGGAAACAAAAAAAAAAGUUAAAGACUCAGUUUUUCGCAGAACAAUUGCUAAUUCCUAAGAGUUUCCAGGACCUCUUUUUCUAUUCGCUGGUUUACGACCCGAAUCACAUGACUUUGUUGGCGGACAAGGGCGCGAUCCGUGUUGGCGACAAGUUCCAGGCUGUCGUAGAAAAUGACGACGAGAAUGACGAGGCCAUGGCAUCUCAAACGAAGAACGAUGUCCCUGAAAUGGAAAUAGAUGAGGACGAGGACAACGAGAACGGGUUCGUCCAGAGACUUUCCAUUUCACAAAUUUUUCGGAGUCCCUCACUUUUGCUCUUUUCGAAAUAUCUCAGUCAAAAAAGUAAACGGGGAUUAUAUUCAAUUUUUACCAAUUAUAAAACAAAAAAGUUCAAUCUCACAUAUCGGUAUCGACAAACAGAUCUGGUCCUUGAAGGUUGAAAAUCGAUGAGGAAGAAGACGUGAAGCCAAAAACGUCGUCCGAAAAAAAAAGUGCCGAAGAAGAAGAAGAUCGAGAUGUUCUAGUGUUCAAAUCGGACAAUGGCCUCACGGAUCGCGACAUCGAUCAGUUCAUUAUCCUCGCAAGGUUAUUUACGUUUUUAGAAAUGGCGAUAUCGCGAACUUCUUGGCGCAAAUAUUCCACUAACAUAUCUUUUUUUUUUUUAAUUUUCAUGUUUCUCAGUUUCAAAGAAAGAACCUUAUUUCAGGUUAGGUGCAAAAUCUUAGAGCAUUAAUAACGAAAUGAGUAGUUUUAGCUGUUUCGGUGCAUAUUGAACUUUGAAAGUAAGUUUUUUUAUUGAAAUGUUUUCAAAUUUUGUUACUUAAAGUUUUUUUUUCCUCUUUUUCUUUUCAUUUCAUCUGGAAAAAAAACUGUUUGAGAAAUGAGCAAGCUUUCGCGAAAAAGUUAUCUGCUGGGGUUUCUUUGGAAUUAUCUCAUUUCUACCACCCGAGUGGUCGGUCUUCAUUUCCGCUCUCUCCUGAGAUUUAAUCCGACGCCCGUCAGCCCUGGACAAGCUGGGCGCCGUACUGUUCCUACAUGGAGAAGCAGUGAUCGUCGGAAACGCUCGAAAACCGUCUACUACAAUCACAAGAAAAGCGAGAUGCUCUACGCGCCGUCUACGCUUGAUCAACGACAGUUUCGCAAACCGACGAACAACUCUUCAACUAUUCCAUGAUUCAGCAGAGUACCUUCUCUGAAGACUGAAUAAAAGUUUCAAAAUUUCUUUGAAUAUAUCUUUGGUGUAAAGAAUUUCGAAAAUUAGUAAAAACUAACCUCAGCAGAAAACUUGAAUUUUGUUCAAAGGUAGACCUUGUUCCAUUUGGCCCCUCUCAGUUGCAUUGAUUCGAGCUAACUUUUGGUGUUUUCCGAGCAGAACUUUCCGAAGUAGAGACGCUUCAGGUCUGUGGGCGUCUUCGCGCGGUCGAUGGACGUGUCCUCCUCGGCGAAGCUUCCGUCGCUGCACAUGACAGUGGCGUGUGCCUCGCGCGACAUCACGUUGCUGCACGCGAUCGCGCUCCUCCACCAGGCCGACUACGACUUCGGUCGCGCCGUCAAGUUCCUCGUGCCGCCGCCCAACCGACAGCUUUAUCCUCUCGACAUCGACAAGGCGACCGGCUCCCGCACCACCAGCCUCGGCGGUCCUUUGCUCUGUCGCGACCAGAUGGAGGAGUGGUCAGCGCCUGAGGCGAAUCUCUUCGAGGAAGCCUUGGACAAGUACGGCAAGGACUUCAACGACAUUCGCGCUGAUUAUGUUCGUUUUCUCUCUUUUUCAGUUAGACGUUUCAUUUAAUCAAGUAUGCUAGCGAUAAUGCCCGUAAAAGGGUGAGUUUUGAAAUUAAAAAAAAAAGAUUGUUUUUGACAGCAUUUCCGAGCAGUAAAUGAGAACGAUUAAAGACAUUAGAGGGAGCUCCAAUUGGAUCUAACUUUGAUAUUUGACAGCGGUCAUUCAUUUAGAAUCAAAUGGGUUUGGGAAGCUUUUUUUUUGAUUCGGAAAAAAAAUGAUGAAAUUAGUCAUUGAAGUACAAAGUAAGGUUUUUUUUGGACAGCGUGCUCUGAUUACCUUCCCGUGACCUAAACAUGAAUUUUGAGUUGCCUUGGAAAUCGAUGCGCGACAUCGUCGAGUACUAUUACCAGUACAAGGCUUCCAAUCGCUACGCUGACCACAAAAAGAAAAAACAAGCGGACGCCGACAGCAAGCUCAAACAGGUGAAUUUCUUUCCUCCGAGGAAGUUCAUCGAGUUCUCCGUUUGCAGGUGUACAUCCCGAGCUUCUCGAAGCCUUCUCCCAACAUUAUAGGCCAACUCAAUCAGUCUAUAAAUACAGUGAAGAGCUCGGUUUCCUGUGAGAAUUGCAAGGUUUGAAUGUCAAUCAUAGCUUCUUUUCUUUUUUUUUGGUUUUUAUCAUUUUACUUUCACUUGAGUUCUUCUCUCCACAUUACCGAGGUGGUUAAGUUAAGGUAAUCUUUGGUUAUGAAAUUAGGUUUGAACGUCUUUUUCCGAGUUUAAAGGUUACUGUUUUCUAGUGAAUUGAGAAAGCUUUUCCUUUUUAAUAUGCUUUUUCGUUUUCGAAGUGUUUCAUCCUCUUCAAAUAACUGUCUCAUGCAUCUGCCCCCUAAAAUCGAGUUUCAAACCAAUUUUCGAAAAAUAAUCCUCAUCAAUGAGCUUUUUCGGGCUGUCUAGAUUUGUUUUGCUCAGACGACAGAGUCGACCAACUGGUACUCGUGGGGUCCUUCGUCGGCCCAGCUGCGUCUUUGUCAAUCUUGCUGGGUGUCGUGGAAAAAGAACGGCGGACUCCAGAGAAAACACGAACACGGUAAUUUUUUUCCCGCCUCACAAACCAGUAGCAAAAAUUUUUUCAGAUUUGUACGACAAAAGUAUUGCCAAGACUAUCAACAACGGAGCUGCAGCUUCGGAGUCUCGUCCAGCUCCUCCACUCAUUUCGGUUUCAUCUUUUUGAAACUUUUUUUGAAGAAAAACAGAACUAAUCUCGUUUGAAUCCUGAUUAUUUUUCUUUUUCUUUUUCUCUUUAAUUCACUUUGGAUGAGUUUGAAGUUUCCUCAACUAAAAGUUGUAGGUUAACUCGUGCGAAAUUUUUAGCCGUUUUCACAAUUGAAAGACGUCCUUAAAUUAGUUGAUAUUAUACUUUUUUCACUUUCAUUUGCUUAAUUUUAUCUCAAAAUUUCACUUACAGCUCCAUGAGCACGCACUAUUUUUCAAAUUAAAUGUACUGCUUCUCUCUCAGUUUUUUUUAUCUGGAUGAGAGUGUGUGGUUUGAGAUGAAGCCGAUAGCGUCGAACGUGGCCCAAGUGGUGGCCCAACUUCCGGCCAACCAUCCGCUGGUCCUCGCUUCGCGCCAGCAGCAAGCCGCCCAGAAAGCCUCGUCUAGCUUCAGUUUUGCCGCCAUCGCUGGCCUCACUCCUCAAGCUCUCGCCAAGGUAUUCAUAAGCUCUGUCAUAAACCGAGAUUCGCUCAAAGUUCAGUUUGAAGCCGAUUUUCAAUGUGGGCUGUAGGGUUUCCGUAUUACAAUUGAAAGAAGUUGAAUUUUGAAUUAAAUAUCAUUGUGGAAAACUGGCAAACUGAAUAAAAACUAUUAAAAAUUACAAAAUUACAGUUUUUAAAAUUGGAACUUUCAGUAGCGUUCGUGCGUCAGAAGUUAAAAUUGAUGAGCGAGACAAAUUGAAUUUGAAAAAAAAAAAACGAACGCACGGAAAGGAGACUUUCAAAUGCCUAGUAUUCUGAAAAAUUCGGAGUGUGGAAAAAAAUCAUUCGAUAAUUCCAGUGAAAAAGUUUAAAAAUUUUUUUAAUGUGAUAAAUUCUAGGAAUAACUUGGAAUAGAAGGAAAAAGGAAACAUUUGGGAAGAUUUCAAUAACUUUCGGAUUUACAGCUGCAACAGGCAGGCGGACGGCCCGGCGUCCUCUUCUACACGACCGUCUGGCGUCGUGCCAUCAGAAGAGCCUUGCCGCGAAACGUGCUCAACAUCCGACGGCUGUCGCGACGUCCGUUCCUCUCCAUCGACAACGAUGCCAUCGCUCGAGCUAGUUAGUUUACUGGCUCAUUCUACCUGAGCAUCUUACUCUCUUUCAGCUGCAACCCUCGACAAAACGACGCUCCUCACAACAGCUAAGGGCCUUCAGAUGUCGAAUUUCAACGACGCCAAGUUCAUCCAGGGGCUCUACCAAAUGCAAUGUGUCAGUACCUCCGUCAAAUCGUCUUGGUUAGAAAGCUAUCUUCCAGGCAUUUUCCGCCCAAAGCAUGAAGCGAUCGUCGACGACUCUCGGAGCUCAUCCCGGUGAGCCGCACUCAAAGCAACAAAAGGUUCGUUGUGUUCAGUUUCUUCUCUCUGUGUUAAUGUCUAAGCGUGUUCUGUUUUACUGGGAACAGUCCUAACGCAGGCUGAAAUGAAACUGAUGAUUUUUCGUGUUUUUUGGUUGAUUUUUUUGUUUUUUUAUACAGUUCAUUAACACAUUUUCAUUUAUACACAAACUACCAUUGUAUCAUUGCAAUAAUAAUGUUUUCCCCAAGUCUUUGAAAAUGUUAUCAUUUGUGCGCUUAGCUGUACUAAAGUCAGUCCUAGCAUGCGUCUCGCGUUUUCUCAUCGCUUUGGUCCUGACUAAUCCUCGCUGACUGUGCUUCUCUCUGAAAAGUGUGCUUUGCAAGACGGAGAAACUGGUCUGGUGAAUGGUAUUUCCAGCAAGCGGGAGCCAAAUUGGUCUUGAAAACUCGCAUCCCUCCGUCGACGUUCAAAACGCCGAUCGGCGUUAGCACGCCUGUCGUCGGCUCCCUUCAUCUCGGCAACUCGGCGGCACAGCAUCAGUUGUUCACCAACAUGGCGUUGCCGAUUGCAACGGCGGCCGCCAAGAUGAACGCGCCGCAGUCGCGGAUCGACGACGGUGUCACGCCUUCCGACGGUUCUCUUCUGAUGUCGGCCACAACUUCACAGAACAAUGUCGAGAGCCGCAAGAUUCCUGUACCAAGUCAUCCCCCCAGUGACUCAAAAUGGUCCUACAUUUCUGAAGAUGUGUUCUUGUAUCUUGGUGGCCGCCGUUUGAAGUAA